CGUUAUCAGUCCUUUCGUUCUCAUACCUUCCACUCCGUUCUUGCGCUUUGUUCGCGGUUUUGCGUAUUUGCCCCUUUGCUCCUCCCUGCGCGCUGCGCCUCCUCAAGUUUGCUAUCCAAACUGGAAACACGCAUCAGACUCCGUGCGUCUCUGCAGGUUGAGCGCUCCAGAAAAACGCUCCAGAAACGCACAGGUUACAAGUGCGUUUGUGAAUGCGCUCGUCUCUAUUAAAGAGAGGUAAAAUGAGGUAACGUUAUAACUCAUACCGACUGUAGCCGUUUAAAUCAACGCAUCAUCCAUUUGGAUUGACUCCCUUAAUUUUGUGAACGUUUAAAGCUGAACAAAAGUUAUGGUUUCGUUACUGGAUUUAAGCGGUCUCGUGCUGUUGCUGGUGUGGGGAUACUGCGUCCUGGCUGAAACGGUCUUCACAAACUUUACUUUGGAUAACGAGGUGCACUCGAGUUUCAUCCACCGGCGACUGAAGAGCCAGGAGCGCCGGGAGAUGCAGCGCGAGAUCCUGUCAAUCCUCGGGUUACCGCACCGGCCGCGGCCGCACCUCCACGGCAAGCAUAACGCCGCGCCGAUGUUCAUGCUGGAUCUGUACAAUGCCAUGUCCACUGAGGGAGACGAGGAGGGCUAUUCGUACCCGUACAAACCCGUUUUUACCACUCAGGGACCGCCAAUCGCCACCCUACAGGAUAACAACUUCCUAAACGACGCGGACAUGGUGAUGAGUUUUGUAAAUCUAGUUGAACACGAUAAGGAGUUUUUGCCUGUGCGUCGCCAUCACAGAGAAUUCCGCUUUGACCUCUCCAAGAUUCCGGAGGGCGAGGCGGUGACGGCUGCGGAGUUCAGGAUCUACAAAGAUUUCAUUGCAGAACGCUUUGACAACGAGACUUUCCGCAUAAGCAUCUACCAGGUGUUGGAAGAACAUUCAGACAGGGACUCAGAUCUGUUCCUGCUGGACUCACGGGUGAUCUGGGCGGCAGAAGAGGGAUGGCUGGUUUUUGACAUCACAGCCACCAGUAACCACUGGGUUCUGAAUCCAGGCAGAAAUCUUGGCCUUCAGCUAGCUCUAGAAAGCUUGGACGGCCAAAGCCUGAAUCCAUGGGUGGCUGGACUGGUGGGUCGUAGCGGCCCCCAGAGCAAACAACCCUUCAUGGUGGCCUUCUUCAAAGCGACGGAGGUCCACAUCCGCAGCAUCCGCUCUGCGCAGGGGGGCAACAAGCAGCGCAAUCCUAACCGCUCUAAAACCGCCAAAGGCCAAGAGGCAUUACGUGUAGCCAACAUCGCAGAGAACAACAGUGCCGAUCAGAAGCAGGCCUGUAAGAAACACGAGCUGUAUGUUAGCUUUCGGGACCUUGGAUGGCAGGAUUGGAUUAUAGCUCCUGAAGGUUACGCCGCAUAUUACUGUAUGGGUGAAUGUGCCUUUCCACUUAAUUCCUAUAUGAAUGCGACGAAUCACGCUAUUGUACAGACGCUGGUUCACUUUAUCAACCCAGAGACAGUUCCAAAACCCUGCUGUGCUCCCACACAACUCCACGCCAUCUCCGUCCUGUAUUUUGACGACAGCUCCAACGUCAUCCUGAAGAAAUACCGCAACAUGGUGGUCAGAGCAUGCGGUUGCCACUAGAGUCCUGUCAUACACACAACACACAAACAUACUCUCAGUUUCUCCCCCAAACAACAAAUACAUGACAAACACUGUCCCACAUCUGACUGCUCCUCAAAGCAUUCGAUCUCAGGCAAUGGGCCAAUCCCAGGACUCUUUACAAUGGACAAUAGUUUUGGCUCUUUGAAAUGUGUAAAGUUGUGUAAUUUGUUAAUAAUUGAUCGUUACAAAACACGGAUGAAUAUGACAGACAAGACUGAAUAAAAACAAUCUUACAAUAGAUCAAGAAAUCAACGUUAGCAAUACAAAUAUGCAAUGUAAUAAAUAACUUGUUUUGCGGCAUUUACGAUUUAAAUACUUUUGUCAUAGUUACCUAUUAUUACAUGAUUUAUUUAUGGAAGGAUUUAUUUAAUUGUCUGUUACAUUCAUCCAUGGCUAAAUAAUAAUAAAAGUAGUAAUCUCUCUUUUACACACACAUACAUACACAAAUGUAUGCACAAAUAUACACGCUCACAUGUACACACGUUUAUAUGAUACUUGUGCUUCCUACUGUGUAAAUAGUUUUUCAAUGAAAGAAACAAAAAAAGUGUAUUUAUUUUUUUCUGGUUUUCCAACAUGGAGUCAAAAAAACAAUCGUCUGUGUGGCUUUCUGUUUAAUGUGUCUGGUUCUUUCUUUAUUGACAGUGUGCGUGUGUAUAGACCCCUUUGCCAGAUGUAAACACUGGUCCUGAAGCACUUCUGUUUUUUAGUUAUUUUAUUUUUAAAUCUUACAUAUAUGAACAGUA